ACUGAACAUACACGCAAUUACAUCCGCGGUCUUAGUUCGUUAAGUUUUUAGUUCUAUGGCAACAGUUUUCCCGUAAGACCAAGUAAAAUAUACUACAAAAUACUCAGAAGGAAAAGCUACAUAUUAAUCAAACGAAAACACAAAGCACGAAAAGUCAUAUGAAGUGAAAUUUUCGUUGAGUGACUAUUUGUUCCGGAUUUGUUCAAACUAACCCACAAGUGCAAACCAAUCAAAUUCAAAAAUUCAAAAUGCGCUCCCAUGCGAGAACCUAGGAAUCGCGCUAGUCUAAGCGAACGCGCAAAAAUUGAUAACGCCGUGGAAAAAAAUUAAAGUAAUUAGCUCGCCUCUCUCACCAAAUUUCGGCAAAGAGAAUCAUCAGAGCUGUUUAUAUAUGUGAUAUUACCCGAGAGUAGACGGUAAACGCGAAAAAACUAUAUACAUUAAAAAAGGCAACUACACCAUUCGCAAAAUGUGAAAAAGUAAAAACGAUUUUUUCGUCUUGACUGUGUGGAAGUUUUCUAUCCUUUUUUAUUACUGCAGUACAUGCUCUAUUUUUCGCAUUUUUGUACCACUGGUUACAAUAUUUAGUUUGUGCUCUGUGUCGGCAUCACCAGGAGAGUCGAUGCACGAAGGAGAAAAUAUGGCACCCGUAAUACCUCAUUUUUUGCAUUUCUAAGUGACUCAAACUGACUGUGUUAAUAAUUUUACAGUGCAAUUGAUUUCGCGCUAAUAAGUGAUACGAUUGUUGUAGUUUUGUGUGCAUAAUAACCGAAAAUUCGCAAAUUCACUCCCAAACCGGUGUAAACGUUGAAACCAUGCAGACGAAUUUAUCCGUGUGAUGAAGUAUGUAGAUUAUGAUUUCAAGUGCUCAACAUGGAAUAUCAACUAGAAUCUAGUCGUUAUUAUGAUGGAUGUACUGCUCGAAACAGUUGUGAAUAGUGCAAAAGUGCAGUGACAUCACUAGCUUACGCACGAACCAAGCCAUGCGUGUGCCAAAACUCGUUGUAUAACUAUCAAUCGUUGGAUACUAGCAGAAAAUUUGCCCGAUAAAAUCGGUAUACGAUAACCGUAUACAUCAGGUUCUUUCUGCAAAACUUAUAUAACGUCAACGGUUGCUGCGCUCCAACAAACAAUACACAUAAAAUGGUGGACACACAGCACUUUUGCUUGCGAUGGAAUAAUUAUCAAAGCAGCAUUACUUCUGCUUUCGAAAAUUUGCGAGACGACGAAGACUUUGUCGAUGUGACACUUGCAUGCGAUGGACGAAGUCUCAAGGCGCAUCGGGUCGUCCUGUCGGCCUGCAGUCCCUAUUUCAGGGAACUGUUAAAGAGUACACCAUGUAAGCAUCCAGUAAUAGUACUGCAGGAUGUGGCAUUCACAGAUCUCCAUGCGCUCGUGGAGUUCAUAUACCACGGCGAAGUGAAUGUACAUCAGCGAUCUCUUAGCUCCUUCCUUAAAACGGCAGAAGUGUUGAGAGUAUCAGGACUGACCCAGCAGCAAGCUGAUGAAACACACAAUUUAGCGCAAGUACAAACAUCUACCGGAUCCGGUAGCCGAACACCUGUAGGUCUUCAUCCCAGUUAUACGGAUAAACUCGUUGAGGAUGCAUUGUAUGCCCAGGGAGUGCCACCGCCCUCGCAUCUCAACAACCUACACCACACACCGGCCGCUCACGGUGGAUCCACGGUGAAUCAGCUACUAAGAAGAGCAGCUGCGGCUGCUGCACUUAGGCGCGAGCGAAACAAUUCCAACCAAUCAGAUGAGCUCUCCCUUAAACGCCAUCGAAUGUCAACUGACAACAAUAUUCUUGGCAAUAACAACAAUUUAGACGUGGUGAGUCACAUGCCGCAAAUAACUGCAACCGACUUCUCCACCCACAUGAAAACAAACAACAGCGCUCCAAACUCCCCGCACAUUAAGGAACAGCACCGGCAUGAGAGCAAUAAGACGCCUAAUGGUAACAAUAACAAUAGCAUCAACAUCAACAACAACACAAACAAUCUUAACAACAACAACAACAAUAACAACAACAACAACCUUAACACCCACAGCAAGGAUAAUUCAAAUGCAGGUGAUCAUCCUAGCAGUAAUUUAUCGAGUAUAGCAACCAACGGGGGAAAUGGUGGUGGAAGUUUAGGUUCCCAUACCGAUAAAGAUAGCCUAACGCCGUCACCGUCAGUGCGCUCCAAUGAGGACGUUAAAUCGGAACCGAUGGAAUUGGUUUGCAGUUCGAACGUAGAACAUGAGAACAGUUCCGAUUCGAUCGUGGACGAUCAUCACGACAUGCAACACCCUGCCGACAUUAAAGGACCUAUAAGUUCCCCUCAUGAAGAUGACAUGGAUAGUAGCAUACAUUCCCACACGGCCCCUCCAUUUCUGAUUUCUCCCGGAGAUCAGAAGCUGUUUGCUCCCCCGGGAUCGUUUAAUUUCUCAAUGGCCGCGCUUGCAGCUGACCCUGCAGCCCUUGCAGGUUUCAACUCACAGGCACUACAAGCUGCAGAACUUGCUGGUUCACCGCAAGGUAUGAACAUAGGACGACCAUCAUCUCCAUCGGAUAUGAAUCACUCCAGCGGUGGUGGAGGGAACCGGUUGACACUACCCCUUCCGCUGACUGCUUGCCAUCGAUGUGAUGUUUGCGGUAAAUUAUUAAGUACAAAACUGACCCUGAAACGGCAUAAGGAACAGCAACAUCUGCAGCCAUUGAACAAUGCCGUUUGCAAUCUAUGCCACAAAGUUUUUCGCACACUCAAUAGCUUAAACAACCACAAGAGCAUAUACCAUCGCAGACAGAAAUUGCUCCACCAUCAUCACCAGCACCAUGCUCAGCAUCCGUUUGCUUCGGUGGCAGCGGUUGCCGCAGCAGCUGGUGCUGCCAGUCCGUUACAUCACCCAUCGCAGCAUGCCUUGCUUGGGGAUGCAAGCGGUGCUGGCUGUGACAUUAAGCAUAACAUUGCAAAGCUAGAAUUUCUAUAAUUGCUCAGCUGGAGUAUAUUUAAUUUGUAUAAAUGUUCAACAAAGACUACGCGUUAGUGUAGAGACUCUUGGAAACCCCACUUGCGCAAGUCUUGGUCAAUUAAAAAUCAAAACCAUUCAACAGAAAUGCUAAAUUGUUUGGCAACAUAGAAAAAAAUAUGACGUUAAGUAAAACACAUACACUGCAAAAGUUAGAGAAAAUGAUUGUGAUUUUUUUUUUCUUAUCGUAGACAAAAAUACUCACAUUUAGUUGGAGAAAUCAACUGAUGACAAGUGUUUGUCGAAAUCGAAUAUACAUAACAUAAUAACCCUAAUCUAUAGAUUUUUCGCCUGAAACAAGUUAGUUUGCUGAGCGUUUUCGAAAGGCUGGCUAAACUAUUGUUGAAUUAUUCUUUUGAAAUUCAUCAUAUUUAUUUAGUUUUAAUUUCAUUAAAAACUAUAUUCAAAAUAUUAUUUUUUAGACCUAUCAUUACGUUUACAUAUACCAUUAAAUAUUUCUACUAUGGUUAUAGGUGUUAUACAGCUAAAUAGAGUUCUUUAUUUUAAUAUAUUUUCCCACAUUAAUGCGAAAAACGAUCAGUUGGAUUAACAUUUUCGUUCUCCACACCAUAUGUGUACGUCUUUGUUUAUCUUAUUUAAGGGUACGACGAAAAACGAGCUUAGACAAUAUCGAAAAAUUAAAAAAAGAACAAAGAUUGAUCAAGAAAAACAAAAAAAACGAACAACAUACGAACGACUCAUGAAGAUAACCUUCGUAAUCCUGCAUGUAAAACAUGGAAACAUAUUAGAAAAUCAUGCAUUGGCUUUUUGAUAUGCAAAAUGGGGAUAACCACCUUACUUAACAUGCAUACUUAAACGGAACUGUUACAUGCAAAUCAAACAGACAAAGAGAAAAAAGGGCAUCAUACUUAAAAUCCCUUUGACGUAAAUUUGUUAUUCGUUUCGCAGUCUCCUUGUUGAAUAAAAAUGUAUUUCGGUCAAUCUAACGAACGAUGUGCAAUAAUCGAUUUAUAUCAUUUGGAUGAAUAACUAUACUAUUUUUGAUCUAUCGAUCAAUGUUGCUACGUUUCUAGAAAAGUUUAGCAACUUUUUCGGAUUUUUUUUUUCCGCGGUAGAAGCCUCUAACUAUUAUUUGUUCCAGGAAUUGGUUUCAAAAGGUAAAACUAUUUUAAGGUGUAUGUAUGAAAUUUCUACAACGUAACUGUAUCUAAGGGCAGACUUUUAGAAGAAGUUAGAAAUUAUCAUAUUAGACUUUGAUUUUUUGAUGAUAAUUAAAAACAUAUAUUCUAUGAUUGCUACAGUGAGUCCUUUCAAUAAAAAAACAGUGAUCGUUUGUCCAGGCAGUUAAAAUCCUAAAAAUCAUUUGCUGGCUUGGGAUCCCAUGUACCAACUACCAUUCGAUAGUUGGUGUGAAUUUGAAGCUGUAAAAAGGUAUGACCAUUUCCUAAAUCAUUUUAAAUUAUCAUCAAUAAAAUUUCAAUGCUAAUUUGAUACAAUCCACUCACUGAUACUGCUGUGCACCGAAUGCUGGAGGUUCUUUAAUCUGGACAUUUUAUUUUUUAUGCAACAUAAUACUGUUUGAUGGACAUUGAUGAUGCAAUAGCAUCAACAUCAAAUUUUCGUUUGUUUAUUGUGCAUAGUAGGCACGAAUAAUUAACUCUUAAAAGUGCCCGGAAUGAUGGCAUAGGUUUUCUGGAUUUUGGUGCACGACGGUAUCUGAUGUUUAGUUGGAAUAUCAUUGAAGUUUAAAAUUACAUUUCCCCGAACUUUUCCCUAUAACAAUAUUUCCUUUUUUUCUAGAACCUCGAGAAAUUAAUGUUUUCCCUUUAAAUUCAACAAUCUUUUGCUACUUUUCCAUAAAAUCUCUUAUGAAAGGUCUUACCAAAACUUUUCAAUUAUAUGAUUAAUUAGCAGCAGACUGAUUGGUUUUUAGCCGAACGAAUUAAUCGCACCAUUCGUGCAGUUUAAAAUGAUGUUACCUACAACUUAUGUCGUGGAACAAUACUUUUUGAUUAUGUCUUCUCAAACCUUGAGAUGCAAGCGCUUUACUUAUGCUAAGCUAAACAAAAUCUUAAAUUACACUCAAUUCUGUUUUUACACGAUAUUUUUUUCGCCGCUAUUGUUGAUCAUGUCAGAUAGCAACCAACCAAAUUUAAUGUAACUUAUUUCAUAAAAUCACAAAUAAAGCAAAGAAAACAAUUGUGAUUUUAUAAAUGCUGUAAAUAUGAAAAUCGCAUCAAAACAUAAUUCAGUGUAAUCAUAUUGUCGAGCAGUUUUGGGACGACCAUCUAACAGCGGAAAGUUAAGCAAUAAAUUACUAUUUUUAAGCUUAGCACAAAUAAGACCAGGGGUUGAAACGCGGUUGACGUUUUUUACUACACUCGCUUCGUUGUUGUGCGCGACAUUAUGUUUGUAUUCGUACACUCAUGUUUUACCGUCGUCUCUCUCAAACUACACAAACGGUAGAACAAGAUUCGAGCAAAAGAAAAUUAUCAAAUAAUUAUCAUAUGACAAUGUGUAAUUUCGAUCUAAUACCUUCCUUGUGUAAAUUAACCCAUUUCUGAUCAGAAAUGUUAUAUCUAGGACAACGUUGCUUGCUAUUUUCAGAAUUCACACAAGCACAACAUUACAAGCUCUUAUUAUGAGAAAACCUAGAAUAAAUAGCUACGUGACGAUCUUCGGCGACAUUUUAGUUUGGUACUGUACUUUGAUAGCUUGUUUUGCAAGUGUUGGCAGCAAAGGCAGCCAAUUAUCACAGAAAAUGCGUCGAUUACUAAAUGCGCUGAAUAAGACUCUAUUUUCUGGAGGUUCUAGAACAAAACGUAAGGAAAAUGGAUGUAAUGUCGGCCUAAAUGCCCCUAAUUUGGGCCCAUACAUAAUUUCAGUAAUCGACUUAAUUUUCAAUAGGGACCAAAAAUAUCCAUUAGUACCGUCCCAAUGACGAGUUCAUCUAAAUAAAAUUGAUAGAUAGCUGAUUUUUAGCGAUGGGCUCAAUCUUAGAUCCAUAGGCCAACAUUAGAGCUAUUUCCCCUAUAUCAAUAUAUUGUUCCAAGGCAAAGUUCGAGUGGUAGGAAACGUCAUUUUAAAUUGCUCGAAUUAUGUGAGCCAUUGAUUGCUUCAGUUUGUUAACAUCAUUGGUGUCCCAAAACUGCUCGACAAUAAUUUAAUAAAACAAGGAAAAUUAUUGUUAAUAAUUUAACUACCAUUUUACAUUAACAGUUUAGGUAGAAAUAGGUAACCAAGGCAACAUGUUUUGAAAUCAUUUUGUAAAAUUACUAUAAAUAAUGAUAAUUAAAAACAAACACUUUCCUGGAAACUGAUUCUCGAAACAGUUUACCUUUUGGAGGCGAAUCAAUACGAUAAAAAAUGGAGUCCCCCGAGAACCAUUUGAUCCAAUUUAAUUUAUCAAACGGAAUUCGCCAUUUUUGCUUGAGACCAUGGAUAUUUAAUUUCUACUCCAUUUCUGAUCAGAACAAGUGGAAUUGCGCAGCAACCACAUAUAUGGCACAUGGGAUUAGCUUAUCCGUCUUCAAUGUGCAAGUUUACACACUUAAUCACGGCUUUUUCCUGCCCGGCAAUUUUUUUACAGUUUUCGAACUGUAAAUCACAAAAAAAUACCGAACAUUAGGCUAUUCUCAAUAAAACUACUGAUAUUCAGUAGUUUUUGCGACAAACUACUGAAUACGGUAAUAGCAAGUAUUCAAUUUUCCGUAACACAGCUUUACGGUGAAUGACUAAAACUCAGUAAAAUAGAGUACCAAGUUUUCAGGAUUCAUUAAGUUUUACUGAGAACGGUCAUCAAACGAAAUUCCAAAAUUGCUAAUCUCAACAGUAAGUCAACAUGCUUGCUUCAUCCUAUACUCUGUGUGAUAACAGAAAUCCCUUGAUAAAAUAAGUGGAAACCAACGCAGGAGUGCAGAAACUGCCCGGAAUGCAUCGACUUACAGAUGUUUCACUGAUUUUGAAGCAAAAACAUUCAAUAACAUUGCCUGUUGAGGAGCUCCAGACAUGGACACGCAAUCCAGCGCACCAACCGGCCGAACCACCAGGAAGCGCUAAACAUGUUAUCCUCAGUCCCCAAAUAAAAAUCGUAAAAAUUAGAAUCAUUCUAAUCCUACCCAUCGUAUGGAACCUCAAAAAAUUCAUUGACUACCAGGAAAUCAACUUUUCUGAUGACUUAUUCAUCAAAACGCUGCAAUAAAAAUGCAGAAAAACUCAGCAAAAAAGAGAUGUUAACAAAUAAAUUACUGAUAAAGACAGCAAUUCCUUUACUGACUUAAACGGCAAUUUUUGACAUCUCAGAGAUUCUGCGAUUUACGCAGUUUUCAGUAAAAGUAAAAACUACUGCGUUGAUUACUGAAAAGGCAGCCAACUUCGGAAAUCUGAACUCUGUGUGCACUAAUUCAAGCUAUUUAUAGAUCAGCACCGGCACCGGCAACAUCCACAAAGGUUUUUUUUCUUUCGAAGGGGAAGGAUCAUUAGUAUGACAACCAUUGUUAUAGAGACAGUGUAGGUAAACACUGUCUCUAUAACAACGGUUGUCAUCGUAGAGGUAACUGCGUCUCUACGAUUGCCAUUGGAAGGAAAGUUGUGUUAGUAUGGGUCAGGUUAUUUGUUAUUUGGAUCGAUCGGUAAAACAGAUUUGUUUAUUUAAAUCUAAUGGGGAUAGAUAAUUAGGCAUAGUGACAAACACGAGAAAACUACCGGACUAACAGACUUGAACUACUGGACCUUCCGCUCAGUAACAGAAACGGUAACCACUAAGCUACCAAGCCUAGCUUUAUCAAAUAACACUCACCGUUUGAAUUUCAAAGUUUGCAUGUUUUUUGACUUGGCUGCGCAACUAAUUUUGGCAGGUUUUUAAAAGUCACACUUUAUUAUCAAGUUGAAUGAAAAGAACAGUUUAGGUACUUUUUUAUUACGGUGUACGUUAAACCAGUUCAAAUUUAUACCUACACUGCAAGGUGCUUCAUUAUGUAAAAAAGUAUUUGCAAUCAUUAAGACCACCCUCCAUUUUGAUUCAUGUCCCAAAAAUAUGAGUCAGUGGACAAAGUGUUGAAAAUUGAUGAAGGUUUAGAGGUCUCGCAAAAGGUUUAGGGAUUGCUAUGAAGACAUAUUAAACGACACAAAUAUCGCUCUAACUUAUGAGUUAUGAGUUAAGCUGUAGGGUGGUCUUCAUGAUUGCAAAUAUUAUUUUCAACGUGAAGCAAUCUAAUGUUUUAGUAUGCAAAUACUGUUUUCAAAAUAAAGCACUGAACGAACAAGGAUCGAUUACAAUCUGUUAAAUUUUAUUUUUUUUUUUCAAAUGUUGUGGUUCAAAAGGCAAAUUAAUAAAAUUCAUACCGAUUUCUUGUGCCUAAAAAAACUCAUAGCAACCUUCAGGCUAGUACACAUAACUAUUGUUUGACAUGCAACUAUGCUGCAGGGCUGAAUGGCAACACAUGUGCAACAUCUGCGCUUCAAUCCCUCAAUGAUAAACAGAUUUGUGCUGCUCUGAGUCCCAUUCGGAAUGGAAAACCAAAAUCCCCUCAGCAAUUGUUGACGUUGGACGACGCAAAACGUGGAGUGUUUGGUUUUUUUGGGUUCUCUGGUUUUUUAGAUGUAAUUUUAGGAAGCUCUCCGAGCUUUAGUGACGUUAACGAAUUUUAGUAACGUUUGAAGUUCACAAAACGUUUUUUUUUUCAAACUUAAACGACGUUUCAAAUAAGUUCUACGAACAACCUUUAGAGAAAUCCUAUGAACAUCAGGGAUGUCCUACAAGCUUCAAGAAUGUCCCACAAAUUUCAGGGAUAUCAUACGAACUUCAGAAAACUUACGAUUUUCAGGGAAGUACUACAAACUUUAAGGUUCUGUAAACUUCAGAGAAUUCCUACAGUUUUCAUAAAAGUUAUCUGAGAACUCCAUUGAAUUCCUCCUCUGAAGCUCACAAAAUGACAGCUUAAGAAAGCUGUGAUGGAUUUCAAAUUGAUUAACAAAUCAAAUCAAUGCGUGUUCUUUCAUAACGAAUGUAAUUUUUGAGAUUGAUUUUUAUUUUUUCGAAAGUAAUUGAAAUGCAGUGUUACGCAAAUUUUUGCAGCUCCAUUGCAAGUGCACUGGUAAAACGUAACAUGACUAUGAGAACUAUUUUGAAGGGAUUUCUGAAAAAAUAAAUUAUUGGAUUCACACUUAAAAUUCAAUACAAAUUGGUUCGAAAAUCAUUUCGUCUCCGCCAGACCUAUGGUUCUGAGAUUUUCGGAGAAGAUCUAGGACUUCCUGAGAUCUUCGAAGAUGUUUAAGGAGCUUUUGGAUAGUAUUGGGUUAUGUGAACUUCAGAGAAGCUUUGGAAUUUUCAAAGAAAUUCUGCAGGUUUUCCAAGAGGUUGUGAGUACUCCGGUAUAGUUCUGGGAAAUCCGAUGUUUUUUGUGAACUUAGUUGAAGUUCUGUUAACUCCACUGUAGUUUGGGGAACUCUGAUGGAGUUCUGGAAGCUCUGUUAAAACUCCUUUGAAGAUCGAGAAUUGAAGUUCUGGGAAUUCCAUUUAAGCUCUAGGAACUUCCUGAAGCUCUGAGAAUUUUCCUGAAGUUUUGAGAGCUAUAAAGUGUCCAACAUACGUUUUCCGAGAUAUUUUUGCUCUGAACUUUUUCAAUGAGUUCACUAAGUUGCAUAAGUCAUAUGGACCUAUUCAAAAAAGUUAAAGUUUCAAAAUCCAUCACAAUCUUUCAGUAUCAAGUUGUCCAAAAGGUGCAAACCUUCCAGUUUAAAAAAAACUGCCUUAUAUUUAUAUGCCAUGGUAAUAGUAGUGGUGAUUGAAACAGCUCCAUUAUUAUUUAACCGUGACAGUUCCCAAAUAAAGAAAGUUGAGAAUCGACUAAUUUAAAAUGCGUUCUUAUAGACUAGCUACUUUUGAAAGAUUCGUUCACGUACAUUUGCUUUGCAAGCAUCACUUCCUUUAUAGGGUAGUAUAUCGGCAUAAGGGCUUUUUUCCGUCGUAUCGAGCAAAAUCAUCAAAUAUAUGAAUUAUUUCGUUCCUAUAUAUGAUAAUUUUGCUCAAUAUGGUGGAAAUAGGCGCAUAUGCCGAAAUAGUUAUCUACCCUAUAGAGAAACCGAGUAAAAAAACGUAUUAAGAAUGACGUUAUCCUAUGCCGAUACAUUGAAUCCGUAUACUACCGUAUCCUUAUGGAAAAUAUCCAUGAUCCGAAGGACAUACGAUCAGAAGAAGUGAUUUCCUAAAAAAAAAAAUUCACCGUUCACCGGUUCAUAAUUCGCAUUCACGAUAAUGCCAACUUGACGGCAAUGGAGGGGGGUUCAAAAUCACUUUUGAAUAUAUGCAAUACGGGAGAAAAAGUGUAUACAAGCUUAGUUUUGCUUACCGAAUCUCAGUAAAUUGGUACCACCGAGCAGGUUAAGGUUAAGAGAAAUCUUAACAAAAGUCACGUUUGGUUGCUGAGUUUCGGAAAAUGCUUCGAUGAAUCUCAGUAAGCAAAGGUCAUUUUGUUGAUGAGAUUUCAGGAAUAUUUAAUGCCAAGCUCCUCGGUGGUGCCAAAAUUACGUCAUUUCGGCAAACAACAUUGAUAUAUAUUAGAAAAUUUUCUAAUGGCAAUGUAUGUUGGGACUUUCAAACGAGCGAGAUAAAAUUGUCCACCAUUGAACCAAUUCCACCAACACAAACUUGUUGAGAGGCUCUACCCAGUUGUAUUUUUUGAUUGAACAGUUUUUCACAUUUGGUAAAACUCUACCGAUAUUUUUUGUUUCUUGGAACAGAUUUGAAUACAAUGAUUUUUUUUGGAAAAAUACUGAGGCAAAAAUUAGUACACAUAAUGAUACUAAAAAACAAAAACCUAAAAUUAGUAAAAAGAGUUUAUGAGUUGUUCGACGACUGACUAGAUUUAACGAAACAAAACAAAAGAAUAUUUAAGAUGUUUAAACCAAUCAGAAAUUGCAGAAGGGGCAAGAAAAGACACAUUCAAAAUUUUGUAGUUACCACAUAUAAAAUAGUAUUAGACAUGGUGAUUUUUAAUGUUGAAAAAUCGGAACAUCUUGCUCCUAUGCUUUUAACCGCGGGGUGCAAAAAGAGAAACAAAAAGCAAAAAAGAUGCAAAAAGAAACUGUAAUAACAAACAUUUAAAUUUAACAAUCGAAUUGGAAUGUGAUUAAUUUCGAAAUUACUGAUUAUACAAAAUUCGAAAUUCAAAAUUGUUAUCAAAAUAUAUAAUUUAUGCGAAAACAUGUUUGUGAUUGUCAAAAAAGACUGAAAAUUUAAAAUUAUAUUUUUUUUUAUAUACAUUAUCGGAUUGGGCUAAACAAAAAUUAUAAGCAAAAGUAAUUUAAAGUAAUCAAACAAAAGUCUGAUUUUGAUAAUUCGAUACCAAAAUUAAUAUUAUUAAAAGAAAUAUAUUUAUAAAAUCAAAUGAAAUCUGGCAAUUUUUAGAAGACUUAAAAAUUUAAAAUUAUUCUAUUUAUUUUCUGUUAUUUAUAUUACGUUUAUUUAUUACGUUCUCAAUGAAAAAGAAUGAAAACGACCGGUUAAAUUAAAAUCUCAUUUCCUCUUCUUUGCAAAAAUGUACACAUGAAUACAGUCCCUCCGCAUACGUUAGCUGUUUUAAACAAAAGAUUAAAGAAAACAAAACAAAAAAAGAUCAACAACAGAUUGUAGAAAAUAAUGCAUUGUAAAUAUAAAGAACCUUACAAAACAAUGUAUCACACAGAUUUACUAACAGAAAAAACGACUGCAAAUAGCUUAAUCUAAACACACCUACAUAUUAAAAACCGAAUCAUUCAAACCUGAGUUGAUAGUGAAGAUGGGUUUAUGUUCAAUCUCCAAUACCAGACGCGUUAACUCUUAUCAAUACACAAUUACACAAACGAGCAGACAACUAUAUAAAAGGAAAAAUUUAUUCAGCACUAUCCAUUAGCUUCUUAAUGCAGUACACAAACACAUCUACUAUAUAGCUACAUUUGAUUUGGUCUACGUCUACACAAAGAAACACAAAUAACAAAUAUAUUAAAGAUUUUAAAGAUAAAAAUGAUGUACUAAGGAUCAAAUACAAGAAGUUUAUUUUUACAAGUAUCACAUUGAAUAGCUCAUUAUAGAAUAAUUUUUGUACGUUUUCAUACUUAUUUUAUAUCACUAUAGUUAAUUGUUCACUUAUAAUGGCGUAAUAGAUCAGCUUGUGUCUAUGUUAAUGCAUUUGUAUCCAAUUCCAUGUUACUGAUUUUGGCAUUUCUAUUUGUAGACGACAGAGCAACAAAAUAAUGAAAAAAAUAUAAUUUUCCAUAUUAUCACAGUACAUAGUAAACAGUAAAUGAGAAUUUUAUUUCUUAUGCAGGACAUACACUAAAUAGCAUUUUAGACAGUAGACAAGUAUGAUAAACGAUCUGAAUCUAUUUUCCGGCAUCUCGACAAACCAACUAUAACGCAUGUAAAUGUGCGCCAGUAAUGAA